CGUGUGUCGUUCACGGAUGUUGCUUUGACGGUUACAACUGUUGCACAGGAGCGUUCGAUUAUUUCACAAUUCCUAGAGAUUUCCAAGCAUCGGAGGAGAAAUGUUGUUCAGUCCAACGAAUUUAUCCGAAUGUUUUCGGGAAUGGGAGGAUUUGGAGAAAGAUUACCAUAAUAUUCAGGAGACCCAUCGUUUAUAUAAACAGAAGCUUGAAGAAAUGACCAAACUGCAGAGCAGCUGCUCCAGCGCCAUAGCACGUCAGAGGAAGAAACUGAAAGAGCUCAGUCUUCAGUUGAAGAACUGCAAAGGACAACGUCGGACUUCCAACCUGAGCCCAGAGCUGAUGAAGUUCGUCUCUGCGAUGGAAGAGUCCAUCAAAGACAAAGCGCAUGCUUUCUUUGAAAUGGAAGCAUUUCUGCCAAAGAAGAAUGGGCUGUACCUCACGCUGGUUUUGGGAAACAUUAAUGUAACACUCCUGAACAAACAGGAAAAGUUUGCAUAUAAAGGCGAGUAUGAGAAGUUCAAGCUGGUCGUGACCUUCAUCCUGUUCAUGUUCUCCUUCACAUGUCGCUUUUUGCUCAGCUACAGAGUCCUGGACGCUCUGUUCAACUUCCUGCUGGUGUGGUAUUACUGCACACUCACCAUCCGGGAGAGCAUCCUCAUCAGUAACGGCUCAAGUGUAUAACAGGACUGUGGGACAGAUGUCAGCGGCCAGGAACCUUCAUCAAAAAGACAUUGUAUGGAGCUCUGGUAGUGCCAAAAAAAGUAUAAGUACUUAUACUCGUAAGUACUUAUACUUAUAAGUAACCCCUCUUUUAUUGUAAGUAAGAGGUGGUUUUACUUUUUUGUCAGUAAAAUGUGCCUAAAUAGUGCAGAAAUACCUACUCAGUGGAAAAUGGAUUUAUUUUAUGAAAGUUUUUUUUUUUUUUUUUUUUCAAAUUAAAUGAGAAAUUAUUCACCUAAUCAGUGAACACAGUCAGCUGUACAACAAAAACACACAAUUUUACCAAGAAUUUUUAGUCUAGUUUAUAGUACAAAAUCUUAGAACAUUUGGAAUAAGAUAAAACUAACUGAUAAGUAACUGUUCAGCAAGGUACAGCAGCUUGUUUUAAGUCAAUAUUUCUUUAAUACUGAUGAAAAAGUACUAGUUCCACUGCAGAUUAUUAUGACCAAAUUGUGUGCUAUGUUUUGUUUCCAGCUGGUACAAAGAAAAUUUGCAAGAUUGCUUUCAGUAAGGCAAACUUGCUGAGCCCUCUUUAAGUUUUGGAUCUAGAAUAAUUUACACAUCCCUUCCUAGCAAUAAAUCUGGUGACUUUAUUUGUUUAAUUAAUGCAUUGCAUGCUCAGUUUAUUGUUGAGUAGGUACAAAAAAAAAUUGUUCUUUGACCCUUACAUCCUUCUGGCUCGACAAAACGUUUAGACACAUUUGGUUUGGAUUAAAGCGUAUUCAUGUGUUGGGAUGAAUUUGAGCGAUUUUGAAAAGAUUAGCUCUAGAUGCAAUCAACAAAAUGUGAAAAGUAUUCAGGGGAGGAAACUUUUUGCCAGCUCUGAGCAUCUUUUGCUGUUUCAGGAUCAAAGGUUGGUGGGUUUUCCAUCACUACGUGUCAGCCUUCUUGUCUGGAGUCAUGCUGACUUGGCCUGAUGGGGCCCUGUACCAGAUGUUCAGAAAU